GUUUGCGAGUCAGUACAGAGGCAACACACCGCCAUGGAGAAGGAAGUGGUGAAUCGCCUCAUUUACUCAGUCAUCAAGUUCCUGCAGUCCCAAUUGGAGGCCAGUGGAGGUGCAGCAGGUGGAGGACUGACGGAGGAGGGGGUGGAGAGUGUGGAGGUGGCUAUUCAGUGCCUUGAGACAGCUUAUGGGGUGUCUCUCUCCCAGACAGACUUGGCUACAUCACGUUCUAUCUAUCAGAUAUUUGCCGAGGCUGUGAAGAGUGAACCGCCAGUUGUAGGGGAGAGGGCAGCCUCCGCCCAGCAAACCGAGGCCCCACCCCAGCAGGAGGCCAGCGAGGAGGAGAAGGCUGAGGCGGAGAAGCUGAAGAAUGAAGGGAACCAACUGAUGCGUGAUGAGAGGUUCAGGGAAGCUCUCGACUGCUACACUAGGGCCAUCAACAAGGACUCCCGCAAUGCUGUGUACUACUGCAACAGAGCGGCCGCCCACAGCAAGCUUAACAGUCAGCGAGAGGCCAUCGAGGACUGCAAGAGGGCCCUGCAGAUUGAGCCUCAGUACAGCAAGGCAUAUGGCAGGAUGGGGCUGGCAUACUCAAGCCUGAAUGAGCACCAGCAGGCCAAGGAGUGCUACCAGAAGGCACUUGAACUGGAGCCUGACAAUGAGAGCUACAGAGGCAACCUGGCCAUCGCUGAGGAGAAACUGCAGGCGGAACCACAGCCUCCUCAGGGGAACGCAUUUGGUGGCUUUGGUGGUCCCGGCGGUCUACCAUUCGGUCUGGGUGGCUUGAGUGGUCUGGGUGGAGCCGGUGGACCAGACCUGGGCAACAUUCUGAGCAAUCCAGCCCUUAUGAACAUGGCCACACAGCUCAUGUCAGACCCUAACAUGCAGAAUAUGUUGAGUAACUUCAUGGGAGUGAUCGCUGGUGGUGGAGGGCCUGGUGGUGGUGGCAUCCCAGGUGGUGGCAUCCCUGGUGGUGGCCUCCCUGGUGGUGGCAUUCCUGGUGGUGGCAUUCCCAGUGGUGGCAUUCCUGGUGGUGGUGCCAUACCCAACCCCAACCCUUCCCCUCCACCUCCCCCCACUGCCCCCUCCCCAGGCCAAGGUGGUGCCCCAGGAGCUGGGGGGAUGGAGGCUCUGCUAAAUGCUGGGCGGCAGCUGGCAGAACAGAUGCAGAGUCAACAUCCCGAACUGGUAGAGCAGAUUCGCCAGCAGAUGAACCGAGGAGGGCCGGGCAGCGGGCCAGGGGGGGACGGGAGCAACCCACCGCAGCCGCCCCCACAGAGCUAGCUUCCCGGCCCUUCCCUUCAGGCUGACCCUAAGACUGUGGACUCUUUGUUUUGUACACGACAGUUUUCUAUUGUUGCCGUGAUGACUAACAGGGAAAUAUUAUCUACUGUUCGUUUUUUUCUUGAUGCAGUUCCCAUAUGCAAGUUUUUUUUCAGUUUUUGUAAUAAUAGAGGAAUUUUUAUAGUAUAAGUAAAUAAAUGAUAGACUGGGUAACACCUCUUGACAUGCCAAUGGUUUGUGAAGCAGAAAAUGGUGGUGUUUUUAAAGGCUCUUUGCUUAGUUACUCACAAAAUGCCUGGUUGCAAGUCAUUUCUCUACAUUUUCUCAUCCAGUCUCUCUCUCUCUCUCUCUCCCACUGACAGGCUCUAGUGGAAGUUACUUAGUGUUUUUAGGAGUGUUUUUCAUGGUUCUAGUAAUAGUUAAGAUUUCUGCACGGUCUGUAGGAAAAACACUCUUGGAAACUUGAAAUAAUCUUAAUGAGAGAAGAAAUCAAUGAAAAAACAGGCAUUCAACUGACCUAAUAGAAACUGUAUCAUUAUUUUCCUUAUUCCAAUGCUUCCUUAAUGUUUUGCAAUAGCCACCACACCCAAGGACUCAUGUGAAAGUAUUACCUGUAUCACCCCUCUUCAGUUUCACUACUAGCACAUCUGAAGAGUGUAUGCAAUAACUAUAUCUUACAGCUGCACUUUGCCUGGAUCAUGUUAGGCAAGGCAGUACUUUCUGAUAGUCAAACCACCACCAGUGUUUGUGUUGCUGCUUCUGCUAUGCCUUGGUUCCUGUUGUGUAAAUAGAGGAGGCUAAAUGGCUUAUAAAUAAAGACAUCUUGAGUGAGGGGCUGCUGCUGCUGCUGGUGUUGCUGUGGCCUGCUCCUGGGUGCGAGACGUUCGUUAUUAAAUUUAUGAUAAUCAAGUGGCAUUGUGAGGAGAUAUCUUCCAUAUUUCACCUUGUGGUUAUUGGUAGAGGUGUAGAAGUCUAGGUUAUUCAGGUUAAUUUGGGAAAACUUGAUUAUUUGAGGCAUUAGAAAAGUGUUUGAAGAUAUCCUCCCUGUCAUUUGUUAACCUAAAGUUAUACUACUGUGCUACUUGCAAGUCUGUCAUUUUGAAUAUUGUUGUAAAGAUCAUGUUAAAAUUGAUGUGAAUCA